AUGAUGAGCGAUGCCAACCUCAUCAUCAUCGAAGAGCCGACUGGCAGUGAACAGCUCCUCAACCUCUAUUUCUGCUGGUUAUACGCGCAGACAGUGUAUGAUACGAUGAACCCCAGGACUGCGGAUACUAUGUCACAUCAUCGUCCCAGUAUUUUCCUGAUGACUUUUGAUCCUCGAGACGAUUGUGAAGCCAGCAGAGGCUUGCUCGACUACCUCUUCGAUUUUGUCUACCUAUCUACGGAGAUUUAUGGAUACGACGGCAAGCUGGCCGUGCAGCAAAGGGCACAGGAGAGUUAG